ACACGCCUCAGCUCGCUGCGGGUCGCGCCGUGACUUGGCCCUGCGCAGGAGGUCGGAGGUCGGCUUCAGGCUAGCGCCGCCGCGAGCUAGUCAGAGUCUCCGCCCACUUCAGCCCAGCGACUUCCUGAAGGGACUCUCUCCUAAAGUGACUCACUCUUGAAGUGACUCGCUCUUGAAGGGACUCGCUCCUGAAGUGACUCACUCCUGAAGUGACUCGGUCCUAAAGUGACUCGCUCCUGAAGUGACUCGCUCCUAAAGUGACUCGCUCCUGAAGUGACUCGCUCCUAAAGUGACUCGCUCCUGAAGUGACUCGCUCCUAAAGUGACUCGCUCUUGAAGUGACUCGCUCUUGAAGUGACUCGCUCUUGAAGGGACUCGCUCCUGAAGUGACUCACUCCUGAAGUGACUCUCUCCUGAAGUGACUCGGUCCUAAAGUGACUCGCUCCUAAAGUGACUCGCUCCUGAAGUGACUCGCUCCUAAAGUGACUCGCUCCUGAAGUGACUCGCUCCUAAAGUGACUCGCUCUUGAAGGGACUCUCUCCUGUGAGGCACUGUUAAUCUGGUGAAUGUCAGCUGAUAAUCCUCAAAUAUUAGAGUGCGUCAAUAUUGGCGCCGCCACGUUGCUCCUCAUCUGUGGUCCCACAGGGAGGCCAUUGUCCCGGCCAACGUUUGUCAACACUGUGAGUGUGUGUGUGUGUGUGUGUGUCAGGUGAGCUGGAGUGGGACCUGGAGGCUUCACUGCUUCAUGACUCGUGGAUUGUGUUGUUGCUCUCCACACACAGGUCACUCCACCGGUGACCUGUGUGUGGAGCUGUGCCUCAUGUGACCCGUAAAUCAAGGUGACUUUGUCGCAGGCCGUCUGUGUGGAUCCGUUGUCAUGUGGUGACCUCGUGUAGAGUGUGGUGACUUCAUGUCAUGUGGUGACCUCAUGUCCAGUGUCAUCACCUUGUGUUAUGACCUCAUGUCAUGUGGUGACCUCAUGUCCAGUGUCAUCACCUUGUGUUAUGACCUCAUGUCAUGUGGUGACCUCAUGUCCAGUGUCAUCACCUUGUGUUAUGACCUCAUGUCAUGUGGUGACCUCAUGUCCAGUGUCAUCACCUUGUGUUAUGACCUCAUGUCAUGUGGUGACCUCAUGUCCAGUGUCAUCACCUUGUGUUAUGACCUCAUGUCAUGUGGUGACCUCGUGUAGAGUGCUGUGACCUCCCGUGCCGUGACUUGGUGUCGUGACCUGGUGUGGUGUCGUGACCUGGUGUGGUGUCGUGACCUGGUGUCGUGACCUCAUGUCGAGUGCUGUGACCUCCCGUGUCGUGACCUGGUGUGGUGCCGUGACCUGGUGUGGUGUCGUGACCUGGUGUGGACGUUGGUGUCAUGAGUGUGGAAAGACUGACGUCUGCUCUCUCCGGUCCCUGGAUGUGACAUGGCUGCUCCGACGGCGUCGCCAGGGGAGCAAGGUGUGUCGGGUCAAGGAGGAGCUGAAUGAAGUGGUUUUCUGGAAGUUCCGCAUGUGGAUGAUCCUCAUCUUCAUCCUGCUGCUCAUCGUGGCCGUCGUCCUCAUCUCGCUGGUCUUGUGCUCACUGGUGUACCGGGACAAGGACGAGGGGUUCGACGCCUCCGCCUUCAACGUCUCGCGCCUGUUCAACGGAAGCUUCCGGAUGGAGAGUCCCGCCGCCAACCAGAGCCGAGCGCUGAGGCCCAGGCUGCAGGAGCAGCUGGAGGCGCUGUACAAGUCCUCGCCUGCUCUGGGACGCUACUUCUCCUCGGCGGAGGUGGCCCCCCUCAGGGAGGACCCGGCGGUGGCAGAGUUCCGACUCAAGUUCCUGAUGCCGGAGGCUCAGCAGGCUCAGCUGAGGAGGUUCACCCUGAGCCGGGAGAUGAUCUACAACGUCCUCAGGCAGUUCCUGUGGGAGCAGCCCGGCCUGCAGGUGGAGCCCUCCUCCCUCAGGCUGUCGUGAGACGCGCCUCUGUGGCGUGUACUACUGCGGACCGCUUCCCUGUGCUGGACUGGACCAGCGCGCUGCUCACGCCUGCCUGCUGGUGGCACCGCCGCCGCCGCCGCCGCCGCCUCCAUCUGUUGCCCCUCAUGAAACACUGAGAUCUUUUCAAUAAAUGAAACACCAACAUGACAAGUUGAAAACUACAACAACAAUACUGUGCCGUCCCGGGUUAAUGCUCCUGUUCCUUCAAGCGUUCAGGUGAGGCAGGCGAGUGAGGCAGCGGCUGAGACAGACUUCUGGGGUUUGUUCUGGGCUUGUUGAGGAGAGCCAGGAGCUGCGCUGCUUUCUACCACCAGACCACUACAGUACACCGUGUUUGGGUGAAAUAAAAAGAAGAAACUAAACUGCGGAGCGGCUGUUGUCUCCGACCAGCAGGCGCUACAACACGCCGUUCAAAUGUAUUGACUGUGCUGCGAGAAGACGAGGACGAGCAACACCACGGACUGUCUGGCCUCAUAUUUUACAACUCCAACUCAGUGAGACCUUCCCUCGGACAAGUCGUCGCACGUCACUUCAAACUGGUAUCGCGAGAUCUCGCAAAACUUCUGUUUGGUCGGGGCUCCGUACCAAACAGUUCAGACAUCAAACUUGUUUUUUCUUUUUUCAAACCAACUCUGGACACUAGAGGGGGCUGCAGUCGGCGUGACGUCACUCCCUGAGGUCGCCGCGCCUGAGUUGGCGUUGGACCCGGGACACGCCUCGCUCGGCGUGUCCAGCCACGUCUGCCUGCUGUGACGUAACGCUUCGCCGGCGCUAAUCUUCUUACCGCCAGAUUUAGCCCGCUGAGCUCUGAUAGCCAGGUUCCUGGAGGCAGCGUCUCGGUCAGUGGGCGGGUCAGAGGUCACCGGAACAUGAUCGUGCGCACCUCCUCUCUCAUGACGCUUUCCGCACACGCGACGUGGAACCACCCAGAAAACUGGGAGCCGCCGGUGACCCACCCCGGGUCAGCCCCAAGACUCGCCUGAUGGUCAGGGUCUGGCUCGCGGGCCGAACAUGAGACAGGAGGGUGGAGGCCACGUCUCUGUGGGACUCCUGAGGGAGGACGGACCCGUCAGCCGAGGCCUUCCCUCUGAAGCAGCCCACAACACGGUGGUCCUCACAGAGGCGUGAAGCUCCACGCCUCUGUGGAGGUGGUGGAGGUGGAGGCCCUAAUCAACCAGGAGCCAGAGGCGUGAGGUGACGGGCGGGAGUCCUGUCGUCUGCACUGGAGAGGGUGAGGUGAAGAGCUGCUGGCUUCACUGUGUGCUGGGACGCAGC